AUGCCUGCUCUUCGAUCACCCGUUUCUUCCUCGAUUUUUAUCAGUAGUGACGAAAUCGAUAUGAAAGUCAACAUCUACUUUGGUGGAAGGGAAAAAGAUCAAGACUCCAAUUGCUUUAGUUUGGUUGGAAAAGCAAGGUGUGAGAUAGAUGUUUAUUUGGAACAUAACAAGGGAUACGAUGGUGGUGAGGAUGAGACUGAUGGUCGUGAGAAUCAUAGUGAUGAUGGGUACGAACCUGAGAGGGAAGAUGAUAGUGACGAUGAUGCUGUAAACAGACCAAGAGAAGAUGAGGAAGGUGAGAAAUCUGAAGAUGAAGCACCUGUAGAGAAGGAAAUAGAAUAG